ACAGUGUUGUGCUUGUGCCGUGUUGUUGUGCCAUUCUUGAUGCAGGUUGUACUAGUUUUGGUUCUUGUUUCUUCUGUGUUUGGGAAAACACAUAACAGUAUCCUGCAAUCAUUCACCUUCAAACCUAUCGAAAAGUAUGUAAAAGAUAAGGGUUACCCGAUAGAAAAACAUGAACUAGAGACAGAAGACGGAUACAGGCUCACCUACCAUCGGAUACCCCACGGUAGACAGGGCCCAGGUCUUGGCCAUGGCCAUCCUAUACUGCUGGCCCAUGGGAUACUACAGUCGUCUGCUCUAUAUCUGGCCAUGGAUGAUGGACUUGCCUAUUUGUUGGCGGACGCUGGUUUUGAUGUUUGGUUGAUGAAUGCAAGAGGAAACACAUACUCCAAGGAACACACGACACUUAAUCCAUCGAGUAAGGAGUUUUGGGAUUUCAGUUUCCACGAGAUGGGAGAGAAGGACCUUUCAAUAGCCAUCGUACACAUACUCUCCGUGACACAACGACAGACCCUCAGCUACGUAGGCUUCUCUAUGGGGACCACCAUGUUCUGGGUGUUAGCUGAUAGUUACGGUAAAGAGUACAUGGACCGCAUAGACACUAUGGUGGCCAUAGCACCAAUAGCAAGGCCUAGCGGGAUGAGCAUCCUCCAAAAGCCUGCUAUAUACUCAGCUCUUACAACUGCUCUGCUGACCUACAACACACUGCACUUGUACGAGGUUCGAUCCUACAACAAAGCGGAAGGGCUUUUCUUGAGAGCUUUAUGUACAAAUGACUUGACGACCAAAGCUUGUGGCAAGAUGUUGUCUGGCCUUGUAGGACUGUUUCCUGACUCAAUACACAGGGAGGACACCUACGUAGCCACUCAAUACAUGCCUGCUGGAACGUCAAUCAAGAAUAUUGUACACUUUCUUCAAAUUGGGGAAAAAGCGAGAUUCCAACAGUUUGACUAUGGAGAUGAAGAAAACCUGUUGCACUACAAAAAAUUGUUACCUCCAGCGUAUGAUCUGAGAAAAGUUACAUGUCCAGUCUUCCUCAUUACCAGUGAUGUAGACGAGUUUUCUGUAAAAGAGGAUGUUGAGUGGUUGGCCAAGGAGCUUCCGAAGACACCCAAAAUGCUUUUCCAUGAAGAAGUCAAGGAGUUUCAGCAUCUGGAUUAUUUCUACCAUGAAAAUGUGAAGCAAAUUCUUUAUAAACCUUUGGUACAGUUUUUGGUCGACAGAAUAAACAAGACUUGAAGACGUAAUGCAAAUAUUACUGACCCCGAAUCAUUGCGCGAGUGACGUGUGUUU